GUGUGAUAGUAUUAUCGGUUUUAACCAGCCGCAACUGUUCUCGUUAAGCUACAUAAAUAAGAUGGUCCGUUAAAAGCAGACUGUUGGGCCAGGAGUGUGAGAGAUUGGUCCAAGACUCAGGACAAAAUGGUGUUUCAGGCGGUAGAGUUCGACCCCAUGUGUGACAAGGAGAAUCCCCAAAAGAUUAGUUUUGAGGAUGUCUCCGCCGCAGCCUACAGGAUACAAAGUGGGAUUGUGAAAACGCCAUGCGUGAAAUCCCACAUGUCUACCACGUUUGGAAUGGAGAUAUACUUGAAAAAUGAUUUCUUGCAACACACUGGCAGCUUUAAAGAGAGGGGCGCGAGGAAUGCUCUUCUUUUGUUAUCACCCGAGAACAAAGCUCGUGGUGUGAUAUCUGCGUCUUUGGGGAACCACUCGCAGGCGCUAAGCUACCACGCGCGAGGACUCGACAUACCCACCACAGUGGUGAUGCCUAAUGUGGCACCGAUCAUGAAAAUACAAAAGUGUCGGUCCUUCGGCGCCAAAGUGAUCAUCCAUGGACCGGACAUGAAGGAGGCUAAAUAUCACGCGAUGAAGCUGGCGAAGGAAAAGAAUCUCACCUACAUCAAUGGGUACGACCACCCACACAUAAUGGCCGGACAGGGGACUGUGGGUCUGGAGAUCCUGGAGCAGGUGCCGGACGUGGACGCCGUGCUGGUGCCCGUGGGGGGCGGAGGCCUGCUUGCGGGCGUCGCCACAGCUAUCAAACACCUCAAGCCACACGUCCUCAUUUAUGGUGUAGAGACCGAGAAGUGUCCGAGCAUGACGUCAGCCAUGAACAACCUGGAGCCGACCAGCGUGGAGAUCCGGUCCACGCUCGCUGACGGCCUGGCCGUGCCCACUGUCGGAUACAACGCCUUCGCCACAAUAGACAAAAUCGUCGACAGAAUGAUCGCAGUGAACGAGGACUGGAUCGCGCGGGCCAUCCUACUGCUGGCGGAGCAGGAGAAGUACGUGGUGGAGGGGGGAGGCGCCGUCGCCGUCGCCGCCAUCAUGGCCGUCUUGGUGCCCGAACUCCAGGGGAAAAAGGUGGUGUGCAUCCUCUCUGGCGGCAACAUCGACACGACGAUCCUGGGCCGGUGCCUGGAGCGUGGGCUGGCGGCGGAGGAGCGGCUGGUGAAGUUCAAGGUCACGGUAAGCGACCGGCCCGGCGGCAUCGCGGAGCUAUGCAAGCUCAUCGCGUCUAUCGGCGUCUCCAUCAAGGACAUUAUUCAGGAGCGAGCCUGGGUCUAUGGGGAUAUAUUUAGCGUUCGGGUGAAGGUGGUCGCGGAGACCAGCGGACCUGAGCACACGGAGGAGUUGAGGAGCCUUAUCAGGAGCACGUACAAGGAGUGGUACUUUAGCGGCGCUUGGGACCAUUCCCGCCCAGCCAGCGUCGGCUCUCUUGACGAUGUGUCCCACUGACAUGUCUGCCAUAGGCUUACCUUGACCACACCUGUAGAAAUGCGAACAGAAAUACUCAUAUAAUUUUCAGGGACAAAAUUACGGAUUUCUCUUGGUAAUCGUAUCGUAAUGAAAGAUUCCUUGUAUGAAUAACUAUGCGAAGGGCAAUGCCACCAUACAUUCCAGCCACAGAUAACCCCAUUCCAGCAGAUAGUCUUUAAGCCUACUUUUACUCUGUUCAGUUAUAUUUUUAGGUGAUACUCUGCAAGUUAUAUUAACUGUAUUUUGAGGAUGCGAGGAAUUUCAAGAUUGAAGUAUGAUUAGGAUAAUUUUAAAUUUAUGUAAUGUUAGCUUUUAUUAACUUUUGAACUGUGAUAAUAUACAGAGUGUAACAAAACUAAGUGAUA